AUGGCAUCCUCCGACUCGUUCACUCUCGACAUCCCCACGGCCCUCUGCCUCGCGUUUGCGCUUUCGUUCAUGCCAAUCGCCUACGGCCUCAGCAAAGCUCUCAUCCCAUCCACGCACACGCGCAAUCGCAUUCUUUUCUUCUGGCACGCCUACGACGCGCUGACCCAUCUUUUUAUCGAAGGCUCCUUCCUCUACGAGUGUUUCUACAGUUACGCGACCAUCCCCGCGGGCAUUGUCAAUGCCGGACCGUCCUUUCUCAAUCGCCCAGAUCGGAUCUAUGGCGCUGCGUAUGGCUCCGGUCCUAGUGCGCGUCUGUGGCAGGAAUAUGCGAAGGCGGACCGGCGCUGGGCAGGCGCCGACAUUACCGUCGUCUCGCUCGAGUUGUUGACGGUCGUCCUUGGCGGGCCAGCAGCCGUGUAUAUCUGCUACCUGCUGUGCAGAUCGUCCAAUGAGACUCUCAGUGCGAAGGCGCGCGGGAGUGCGAAGGCAUCCCUCUGGUUUGCUGCUACGGCCCUUGCGACCGCGGAAUUGUAUGGCGGGUUUAUGACCUUUGCGCCGGAGUGGUUGACCGGCAGUGUUCAGCUGGCGACCGAAGAUCCAGUCUAUCUAUGGCUGUAUUUGUUCUUCUUCAAUACUCUCUGGGUGUUUAUCCCUCUGUGGGUGCUGUGGGAGGCAGGAAAGGAGCUGCGUGCUGCAUUUGUUUCCAAAGAAGUGGAAGAAACCCAGCGCAAGAAAGAGUAA